CACACACACACACAGUUAACCGAGUUUGCCUACUGCAGUCUUGUAGGAUUUAUGGCGACCUUUGUAAACUUUCACAAGUGACAAGCAGCCUGUUAAGUUUUCCUGUAUUCCCUCCAUAUUUUAUUGGCUUGUUGAAACGUGAAGGCCCAUACGCCACUUAAGGUUAUGCGCCGUGUAUUUGCAGCCACAUUAUCACAAGUAACAUGGUUUAGAUGAGUCACAAAUGUUUGUGUGGGACAGAAAAGCAGCGUCGGCACGGCUCUUGCUGAGAAAAAAAGGGGAGCUGUCAUCGACUAGGCCUAACGUAAAGCAACUGUUGCUUGAGAGUUGAAUUCAAAACUACUGCAGAUCGUUUCUGGUAUACUGGUAUUUAGUGCAUAUUGUAUUAUUUAAUUAAUUCUACAAAUAAGGGAUGUGGUGAUUUGGGGCUUCAAAAACGCCCUUUCUAAACAUGUAUUUCACCAGCAUCAAGACACAUCUGAGUCGGGAUUGCAAGAAUAUUGGUUCAUAUUUUUUCAAUUAAAACUUCCUGUUUGAAAAAUAAAAUAUACCUCUUCCUGCCUGAAAGGAGCAGACUGCGUUGGCCCAUUAAUGGGCCUACUAUUUGUACUGGACAAUAGAAGAAGAGGGGAAAGACAGCUUCAUAGGCCUUUUUAUAGAGCUGCACAUUUCUUAACAGUUUGUCUCACACCAGACAUUUUUUUUACCAGAAUAUUUUACACCGGUCCUCGGGCAUGCCGCCCUUCACAUUUCACCUCUAUUUUUGACUUAUCUAUUUAAUUACAUUUUGGUAAAAUGUAUACUGCUAUAUUUUCUAGUUUUGCAACCACACGAUUUUACAUAUUUAUUUUAACCUUUAAAUAUGUUAAUUACAUUUUUUUUUUUUGUGUUAAAUGACUUUGCAUCUAUGACUAGGCCCGUGUUUUGUUUGGCUCAAAUGUCCGACGCAGUGUAAAAUCUUUAACGAUCAUUCAAACGUGGGCGUAAUGCAACGUGCUAUAUUAUAGCACGCUAUUCUGCAGCACUAUGAAUAAUUUGAUGAUUUAGUUAUCUCUGCUGGGAUUACCUCAUUGGGCGUUGGGAUAGCCCAUUGGUUAUAACAUAAUCGUCUUCUAACUGGGCAUGCGCGUUACCUUAAAAUAUCACAACAUUGUAGUGUGCAUACCUCUUAGACAGUAGGCCCAUGCUGUUGGAAAAGAGCAGAACAUAACCAUCAGCCUAAAUGGUAAACAACUCACAUUUAUACAUUUAUUUCUACCUCGAUAUAUUCAGUAAAGGUUAUAGUGCAUACAUGUAUAAAUAACGUAGAUGCAUGAUCACUAUAAUUCUAAUAUAAAGAAAUGUGCCUAUGGCAGCCCAAUCUUCUGGAUAUUUUCUGACUGCAAUGUUUAGUUUUUUAAUUUUUUUUUCAGUCCAUGCAGUCUGGCCUGUAGCCUGCUUGGCUGCAGGCCGCUUGUGCUAUAGAAGAGUUUGUGGACUUGAAGUUAACUCAAUAGUGACCGGAAAAAGUGAAAUCUUCAUCUUCCAAAAACAAUGGCAAAACCAAAGCCCAUGCAGUACUUACAUUUAUCAUAUACCACUGUAUGCAAAUGUGUUUUCCGUACUCCCUUUUUAAAGAGGCAGAAAAUGGUCAAAGUUUCCCAACGGCACAGUUAAAUGAAUGACAUUGUGAUUCACUGUUUCGCUUCAAUAGACAUUGUGCUGCAGGAUCUUGCAGGUUUUUGCUUUGGUUUAAUGUGCCAACUCCUCGAUUUAAAAAAAUAAAUAAAAAAAUAAAUUAAUAAAUAAAUAAUACAUCCUCCAUGACACUUUUCUCUGCCCUCCUACAUUCUGCAGAGCCCCUAACAGUAUAAAGGCUCAGGUUCUGGUCUACAUUCAUAGCAUAAUCCAGUAGAUUUUAUACAUUCUCAGAAGAAAAUACAUCGUGGCUUACAUUUGUUUCAGUGAGAAUACUGUUUUUGCAUGCUUCAUUUGCAUCCCCUUGAAUGCUUAAUGUUUUCACGAAACAAAGUAGUAUACGUUGUAUGUUGUUGCCUAUAAUCAACUGUUAUUUUAGAUUUCUGUACAAGUGUAGCAGCUGAUAAUGACAAUGAAUUUGCCACCAUAGAUAGAGCUGUACAUGACGAAUGACAAUUUAAGUGUCUUGUAAUUUGGAAUUUCACAAUGUAAUGCCUGACUGUGUUGCAACGCUAUCGGGCAUAUUUUUGUGCUGUGUGUGUGAUUACUUUUUGCUUGUCAUAGGAGAAACAAACGUUUUGUUACUCCAUAUUUUCUUCAUAUUGUUUAUUAUAAGUAUAAGGUUUGUACAGUACUUGCAAUACAGUACAAGAAUAACAGCACGGAUCGCCAUCUAUACGUCAUACAUUAUAUGGUCAGUUGGGUCUUGAGUGACUGCUACAGUGCUAGUGUUUGCCUUCAUAUGGCUGAAGGAGAGGCCUAAUUGACUUCUUGCUGUGAUUUACUGGAGCAUCUGUCUGCAAAUGGACUGAUCCCAAACCUGUUAAUUCAUCUAAAUUUCAUAAAGUCAUGGUAAGACUGUGCACCGCCUUCCCUCAUCAAUUAUGUCUCAGCACUACUCCACACUGAUGCAUGCAGUUGUUUAAACGUACACACACAUGCAUAAACACACACACAUUAAGGCAUUCCUGGUUGUACCACAUUUAUGAACAUAUUAACUUUGUGUCCGUCACACACACAAAUUUGGAUACUUGAAAUAAUUGCAUGCUCCCUAUCCUCCCUUUAUUUAUUUGCCAUAUCUUGUCUUACAUUGACAUUACUGGUGAUUCUUAUUCUCACUGGGAACAGAUUAUUAUGUUUAUCGCCUUUUUGCAAAAAGUUUUUGCAAAAAGGCGAUGUCCGAUAUUCUUAAUUUUUUCUAGAAAUGCAUUUAUUCAUUUAAGAGGUAGAAUGAAAUACAAUGAACAUUCAGGAAAUGCAUGUUAUACUAAAGAUUUCUUCUCAAGAAAUGAAAUUAGCUCAACCUUCAGUCCAGUCUUUACCAUGUCGUGUGACUCUGGUCUUCCAUUUGUUUUCUGUUUAAUUUCAUGUCUGUAUUUCACCCUUUGUCAUUCAUUUGUUCCACAUUCACUGUACUGAGAUUGACUGGGAUCUCAUGGAUGUAAGGAGUAUUCCCUGACAUGUGUGUUUUGAUAGUUGGGAGUGAUAUUUUGUGUGCAACAGUCACUAGGAUUUUGUCCGGCCUGUCAAGCAACCAACAUAAAUGGCCGCACUCAUGAAGCUGGAGGGUUGGGAGGGAUUGCAGAUGUCAAAAUGCUACAAUUUACAGUUACAAUGUAGAUAUUUAAACUUGAGAUCCCUGUGUAGUUUCUAAAUUUAAAAAGCAACAUUUUCAUGGAUUUGGAGUAUUUUAUCACAUGAAACUAAUAAUAGUCUACUGUAAAGACGUAAUAGUAACAUGACAAAGUCCUCAACUAGGUAAUACAUAUAUGUUUGCACGUCUUGGCCAUUACCAUUAUAAUUGUAUUGUUUAUUGCUGUGAAGCUAACCGUAUACGACUCCAACAUUUAUCCUAUGAAAUACAUUUUUUUGUUUCAAGGUAUGUUCUGAACAUAUACAUUUAACAAUUAGAUACUUUUUAGAAUUCCAUACAGUAUUGCAGUAAAAUGAAUGGGCUAUUUACUAUGAUUAAUAGGCUAAAUUCUAAUUAAGUCAUGCACAUUAAGGGGAAUUAAAAUAUUCUUAGUCCUUUAUAGAAAUAUUACAGUAUAAGCUGCUGCUAUAUGGAGGCAGAUAGCACUGACUGUUAUUGAAAAGGUGAGCCUGAAUAUUAUAUCAUAAAAGAAAUAGUCCAUUUCUUGUUUUACAUUCUUGUUGUAAAUGAAGAGCUGGAAUGAUUUGGGGCUUCCUUUCUGCUUUCUGAAUGACAGGUUGGAAACUUUCGGUUUGUUGGCCUUCAACCCUCAAUCAUUUUAGGAAAAGCAUCGGGUUAAAGGUUGACAAACAUGAGCGUCCAUUACAAUCAUGACGGAAUUAGGCCAGUUCCGGGCAUGUCUACUAUUUUGCGGCACUUAAUGUCAAGUGGGUCCCUUGCUUUGUCUCUGCCUAGGAUCCACUGCAGGUGACGUCAGCAUAACAAUGUGGCAAAGGAUUUCUUUUUUUUUUUUCUUUUUUAUUUUAAGAAAAUGUUGAAAAUUCUGCCAGCUGCAGUCUUUAGAAAUAAUGAAGGGCUUUCCACCUUACACCUAUGAAACUGCAGUCCGGAGCCAACGCCACGUCGUAUAUCAUUUAAAUAAAAGCAACAGAUAAAAUAAUUUGGCUAUAAAGUGGUCUUGAAGAAAGUGCGCUGAUAGAAUCAGAGCAACGUCGAACUGAGGAAGACGUGCAGAAAUCUGUGCUGCACCAGAGGAGCGUGGGGAGCUUGGAGCUGCUGUCCUCACAGCACCCCUAAGUAAGAAAGUUUAUCAGUUUCCCAGGAACAGAGCCUAUCCACUGCUGUUUGUCACCUUUCAUCAUUUACAUUUUUACAUAACCAAUUUUACACGUGCGAGCCUGCAAGACGCAUGGUGCACUGUAGAUGAUUAUUAAUUUAUUAAAGCUUAAUAUAAAAGGGUGCAUGUGUGGAAAUGGUUCACGUUGGGCUCAAAUGUAAAACGGUACAUCCUGCUCUGAAGUAUUCCCCAGUGAACUACUAGAAUCUGAAAUAACUUUCUUCCUGUAAGAAGAUCAUGAUAUGUUGGUGGUCUGCUGACACGAUGAACAACUUGUUGCUUUAUCAAAGUUUUAUUUUUCUUUGGUAAUGAGGACAAGUAGUUUUGUGCCCAUAUAAAAAAAUACACACAUAAACGUGUAACUCAAAAGUAUUUUUUACCUCCAUGAGAGCUCAGAACUAUAUAUUACAUUUCAGGAAAAAAUAAAACUGCUAAAUGUGUUCAUACAGGGCAAUGACGGCAGGAUUAGUAUUUUGAAUAAUUUCAAAUUUUUUUUAUUUAUUUUUUUUUAAAUGCGUGUUUCUCACUGUUCUCAAUCUCCACUCAAAAUGAAAGUCUUGACAAUAAUUGGCCUGGACACGCUAUGGCCAGUCUCUAUUAUGCUUGCAGGGCAGAGCGUUGGACAUUUGCUUUGGCACUAUUCAUUCCAGCGACAUAAAAGACGGUAGAUGGACUGUGAUAGUCUUAUGUUUCGCCCAUGUCUGCAUUUAAUUGCAUGACUUCCAUCAGAUGAUCAGUAUUACACAUUACGCUUCAUAUUUAUCAUAUGUAGAGAUUUGGAGAAGGGGGUCUCACGAGAGUGCGCGCUGGAGUUAAAGAGGCAGCAACAUUUGCAAGUAUCGCGGCACAUUUCAAAGCAUUUUCUCUGCGAUAUUUGAAAACGGAGUCGUGCGGCGAACGCCUGCGUGUCCCUUUUAAAACAAACCCAGCGCCUGUCAAUCACGGCGCAUUCCAACCAAUCCCAAAGCUCCCUUUUUAAAAGCAGGUUUGCCUGCUGUGCUUUUAUAUUGCACCAUGGCCUGUUUCGAAGCAUUUUUUACUACCACGGUUAUUGCCACAAAUCAAGAGGGCAAAGUGAACGGCAUGGGACUCGCACCAACUUUAACGAAACUGAGUCUGGUUCCUACUUCUGCGAAGUUCACGGCCAAGAAUUUCACAUGCAGAUGAUACACAGACAAGGGACAUGGAGAGGGAACUUCUAGGUGUAUCCUGAGUGCCGAAUUGGUUGAUUUUGCAAACUCAUAGCCAAAACUCACAACAAAACAUGACAAGCCUUUCGAGGUUUAGUGGCUGCCCUCUCUCUUGCGUCAACCCCGGGGAGAGCAAUACUGAACCCAGCAUGGUGCUGCCACCUUUGGCAGGAGAGCACAUGGGACUCCCCACUGGCAGUUCCUUAAAACUCUGCCCUGCGCACAAUUUGCGAGACUACCCCGAGACGAGGUCCAGUGCAUAUGUUGACCAUUCGGUUCCCAAUUUUUCAGACUCUGGAUACCACAGCCACCGGUUAGAGCACAGCCCUAGGGGCAUUCUCAUUGGAGCCAAUCUUUCUGGAGCCGGUAUGCCACCCGUCACUGAUCAACUGGCAUCAAGAGCGAACCAACAUGGCGGGAUUGGAAGGUAUCGUGACUUCCAUGGCUACAGAGACAACAGAAGCCAUGCUUUUUUCUCCAGUUAUCAGGAGCAGGCCCACACCUCCACCGACGCAUCUCGAGAUUUCGGCAGCCAGAUGAUGCUGGGUCUACCUGGCGACCUCCUCAGCCGGACUCACCACUAUGGCCAAACUAUCAGCCCCAAGGGAAACAGACAGCAGCUUGUCUCACAGUUCCUGGGUCUGUACAAACCCCUCAACAUGGCAAUUCAACGUGGAGGAGGCGACGCUUUCCUCAGGUGCUCUAAGCAAAUGGUGAAGCACGAGCUGGUGUGCAAGUGGACUGACGGCCAAGAGGGGGCUGGGAAGCUGUCCUGCUCCAGAGCCUUCGGGACCAUGUAUGAACUUGUCGCCCAUUUGACAGUGGAGCACGUCGGAGGACCAGAUCACUCUGAGUAUGUCUGUCAGUGGGAGAAUUGUGCGAGGGACAGGAAGCCUUUCAAAGCCAAAUACAAGCUGGUGAACCACGUCAGAGUCCACACAGGGGAAAAGCCCUUUCCCUGCCCCUUUCACGGCUGUGAGAAAGUUUUUGCACGAUCAGAGAAUCUUAAAAUCCACAAGAGGACUCACACAGGUGAAAAACCGUUUAAAUGUGAGUUCGACGGCUGCAACCGGAGGUUCGCGAACAGCAGCGACAGAAAGAAGCAUUCUCACGUGCACUCCAGCGACAAACCCUACACGUGCAAGGUCAGUGGCUGCGACAAGUGUUACACCCACCCAAGCUCCCUGCGAAAGCACAUGAAGCUCCACUGCAGCAGGGCCCACGACGUCAAAAGCGAGGACGCGCGUCCCGGCGACGCGUGUCACAUCGCGGAGGACAGGUCAACCCGAGUCCCGGACGGAGCCCACAUCAGCCCUCCCCACCCGCCGCCGUCGACUCAAGAUAUCCCCCUGUCCCCGGAGAGUCGAGACGAGUCGACCCCGAGGUCACGUUUCCAUCACACGUUUGACAGCAGUUUGGACUACUCCACACACAGGUCGCAGCCCCUCCUGGACCCUUUGUUGCUACAGAGAGGCAGCUACAGGUCCCAGUCCUCCCAGUACCCCUGCGGCCAGACAGGUCACACGUUUGCCCAGAGCUCAAGGACUUUCCCCUCUACUUCUCCCUUUCAGAAAAGUAUUGUCAAUGGAUGGUACACAUGCCACAGCGGCGUGGACUCGUUCCCAAAGCAAUGCAACAACAUCCCGUCUCUUUGAGUUCCUGUUGGGACACGUGCGGCCCAUAUUUGUCCAUGUUAUAGCCCAAACACGUACAGCUGUAUCUCUACUACUCUGUGUAUUUUUUGUGGAUGUUGUAUCAAAUAUUUUGUGACACACACGUCGAGUCAUAGCCUAUUGAAAUUGCGAAAUGUGUCGAGCUUUAUUUGUUUGGUUUGGGUUUGGCUUACAGCCCAUAGCCACAUGAACCCCACGGUGGGUUCUAGGGACUUUUACAAAGUGUAUAUGGCUAAUUGUUCGCUGUGUUGCGUAAUUAUUAAAGAUAUCUAUCUUAAGUGAGACAAAAAAAUGACAAAGGCUUUUAUGGAAAUCUGCGUGUUGAGUCCUCUGAACUUACUGUAAAGUAAAUGUAGGAGACGUCUUGCUGAAUGUAGCCCUAAGUGUAGGGGUCUUUGUUGAAUGUAAACUAGAUGUAAUGUAUGUCGGAAGGUAGAAACAUUCAUGUCUAUAUGUAGCCUAUACAAAGACAUUUUAGAGAAAUCUCUUCUCAAGUUAAGUUUGAAGACCGAACAAGCCCGCCUGAUGGGCCUGAAGCAUGAUUUGCCUGUAAUUAAAAUACUGCGAGGCUCGGGUUUUUUUCUCUCCCCUUGAUUAAGUUUCAUAUUCGCCCCCUUUUCAUAACACCUUCGUAUUCUUGUUGGUAUUAUGUAUAUUUCACAUUUCUGUGCAAAGUAAGACCAGUGUGAGCUCAAACCAGUGUUCGUGAUAUUAUGAAAACGUUUAAUUAGCAUACAGUUCUACUGUACAUAAGCCUACUGUAUAAUUAAUUAUGUAUUCUAUAUUUUAUUAAAGUGUCUAUAUUCUCUUUGAUCAGGCGUGUGUGGUUAAACCCAAUCAAUGCAUUUUCAUUAGAUUUUUAAAAAUUGUAUUUCUAAUUAUAUCAUUUUUAAUAGCCCACGCCAUAUUUGCAGGUUUGCAAUUUUGUGCAAUAAUGGAUACGGCGGAAACUCUCACGUGCAGAGCUUUUAUUUUAUGUUCUAGAUGUCAUGAACUGGUCAGGCCUUUAACACAAAGGUAUUAAACUGGUUUGACUGAGGUAUAUCUUCUAUAGGCCAUAGUGAACAGUAACAUAACAUUUUUUUGAUUAUUGUUAUUACUCGAAUCUGGCAAAAAAGAAAAUGUGAUGGUCACACCGAACAACAAAUAUCAAACGGCCCUCUCAACCAAACAGCGCUCAGUUUUUCAAUCAGAUUUUAGUUUCCUUAACUGCGUCAUGAGCGUUUUGUGGGAUACAGGUGUAUUUGCCUCAAGGUCACGCGCAUUCUGUCUUUCAAUAAGGCGCGUUCUCUCGUGCCCUUAGCCUCCACUUCAAGACAAUUUAGCUGAUUUCAGAUCCUAUUAAUCAAUUUUUUGUAUUUUCAUUCGAUUUCUGUCGCUGUCUAUCUGUCACUCACUCAAGCACACGCACACAGUCGCGUGCGCACGCACUGCAAAACGUCUCUCCUCGAAAGUAAGCAAGUUGCCAACACAAUUAUGACGCAUGUAGCCUCAAAAUAUUGUAUUUUCCAAAUGAAUAAAAACUCCAUUAUUACCACGAUCAUUAUUCUAUUCAAAGAUAAAACUUGUUUACUCUAUCAAGGCUAAUGCGUUCAAAUAAUUUGAAGCUCCUCACUUUGUGUCUGAAUUGAUAUUUUCUGGGCUCUCUGCUAAAAAUCACAAUGUCACUAUUAUAUAGGACAUGUAUGUGUUGUUCUGAUUCAUUUUGCCAUUCGUAAAGGUUGAAAAAGUUGGGUUAACACACACUGCUGAUAGUAAACUGUUUGCUUCACUCC